ACAUUAAACUACACAAACAUCAUACUAUCAUGUCGUAUUCAUGCCUAUAUUUUUUCUAUAAAUAUUAUUUCCCCUCUUUGCUGGCUUCUUUUCAUACGGAGAUACCGAUGCUCUUUUACUCCACCAUUUUCCUCUGGUAUUUCUAUUGAUUUUUUUUUUUUUACUAUUAGCUGCCCAAAACCAUGUAUUUAUACAAAAUCACACAAGGGAAGCAGUUCUGUAUCUGAAGUGGAAAUGGUACUAGUUACCUUUACAUGGAGCCAUGGUGGUACUCAUGUUUUUCUCUGCGGUUCCUUUGAUGGAUGGAGUGAGCAGAUACCGAUGAAUUUGGUGGAGGAUUCUGCUGCCGUUUUUCAGAGGACUGUUGAUCUUCCACCAGGAUAUCAUAAGCCACACCUGCUUAAAAUAAAGGAAAGUGCUCAUUUUGUACGGAGUUGAAUUUACUGGCUCCAAAUGAACUAUGCAGUACAAAUUCUUAGUUGAUGGCAUCUGGCAAGUUGACCAGGACCAGCUUUGUGUUCAGGAUGAGUAUGGUGCAAUCAACAACUUAGUAUUUGUUAAGGAAUCGGUUUCCAUGCCUUCUACCUUAAUAAGAGAGGAUGCUCAGUCAAAGUUGGUCUCAGGUUUUACUAGCAGCACACAUCUAGAGGCUUCUUCUUCAAGCGAGUCACAACUUAAACCAGUCAUGCAGUUAAACAAUGAAAUAGAUGUUUCCCGCCAUCGUCUAUUAAUGUUUUUGUCAUCUUCCCAAGCAUAUGAGCUGAUUCCAAAUUCGGGAAAGGUCUUUGCGUUAGAUACUGAAGUGGCUGUGAAGCAGGCUUUUCAUAUCAUGUAUGAACAGCGACUUGCAGUGAUGCCUCUUUGGGAUGGACAGAAUGCGAUGAUUUCAGGAAUGCUUACUGCUGCUGAUUUCAUUUUGAUCUUGUUGAAGCUCCAGGAAAGUCAUCCAAUGCUGACCCAUGAUGAGCUUGAAAUGCACACGAUUUCAGCUUGGAAAUAUGGAAAGUUCCAAUUGCAAGCAGAAGUGUCAGGAGCUAUGAUACCUCCAAACAGAAGAGUACUGCAAGCUGGUCCUGAUGAGUCGCUGAAAGACGUGGCCCUAACAUUAUUACAAAAUAAGAUAUCUGCAGUUCCAGUUUUACAUUCAUCAGAAGACGGGUCAUCUUCGCAGUUGUUGCAUACUGCAUGCCUUGCAGGAAUAUUAAAUCACAUAUGCAGGCAUUUUAGGCGCUCUCUAGAGUAUCUGCCUAUUGUACAGCAACCAGUGGGUAAUCUUCCAUUUGGCACCUGGACAAGAGAAGUUGGUGGAAGAGCAAGCAGCCGUGUAUUGUUGACAUUACACAGUGGAGACCUCCUUAGCUCUGCUCUUAAAUUACUAAUAGAAGGUGAGAUAAGUUCAAUACCUAUCGUUGAUGAUAAUGGAGCCCUUAUAAAUGUGUAUUCUCGGAGUGAUAUAACCUCUUUGGCAAGAGGCAAUGUGUAUGCUCGCUUUCGGCUUGACCAGAUGAUAAUGACUCAAGUCCUGCAGGUCUUAGAUGAAGCAUCCCGUGAUCGUUGUAGGACAUGCACACGCUUUGAUUCACUGUAUAGGAUUAUGGAGGUCCUUUCAGAUCCAACUGUGCGGCGUGUUGUGGUCAUUGAUCCCAAUAGCCGGCAUGUAGAAGGCAUAAUCACUUUGAGAGAUGUGUUUAAUCUUCUUUUAGGCUGAAAUUUCUCUUAAUCUAUUUCACAGGUGGGAGUAAACUAGGACGAUGACUUUGUAAUGGCUACUCAAAGAGAAAAGUUCACCAUGUCAUUUGGCUGAGUGGAAGAGAUUUUUAUAUAUCAUCACCAAUAAAAACUGUAAAAAUUGUAGCAUCAUAAAUGAAGUUUGUGUAGUCAAGGAAAAAAGAGAAUACAGAAAACCUGGACCAAGAUGUAACUCAAGAAUUUUCUUACAAGUAUAUAACAAUAGUAUAGUUGAACCAGUA